UUUUUUUUUUCUUUUUCUUUUUUAAUUAAUUGCUCUCUCUCUCUCUCUCUCUCUCUGUCUAACAACUGUUCUCGUAAGAACUGGUCUUUCUCUUUCAAUCUCUCUCACACGCUCUCCUUAACAAAUCUUUGAUAGAAGAGGAAGAGGAAAAAUCUUUAGAAUCUAUAUCGCAUCAGAUGGAAUCCCAUUGAUUGCAGGAUAGGCAAGUUUGGAUUUUGGGGUGUGAUUUUGUUUCUGAAUUGGGUUUCUUCAUCUGGGUUUGUGAAAAAGUGGGAUCUUUGUUUUUCUCUGUUGAAAGAAGGGGGAAUUAAAGAAAUUGGGUGAAAAUAGUUAGAGGGUUCCCCUUUUUGGCGCUUUCUGUUAUGGAUGAGAACGAGGAUUCUCUUUUAUUAACGGAUCGAAUUUUGAUUUUUGAUUGGAAUUUGAAUAAUAUUUGAGAAUCCCUGUGAUGCUCCUCUUCUUGAUUGAAGGCUUUCCCUUUUGAUCUGUUAAUUUUGAAAUGGUGAAAGAGCUGAGACCGAUUUAUUAUGUGGAAUCUUAUUCCCUUAUGGUUGAUGGUCCCCAUUUUGUUUGAAUUGGAGCAUAUUGUGCUAAUUUCAAUACAUUAAAGUUUGAAAUCUUGCCCACUUUCAUUGCACGCUUGUGAGUAUGAUCAAGCAAAUAUUGGGCCGGCUCCCUAAAAAGCAAUCAAAAUCAGGAGAUAAUCGGGAUCCAGUUGGUGGGUCCGGUUCUUCACUUGCUAACUUUUCAAGAUCAGGGGAUUUGUCGAGUAGUAGGGCUACUGCUCAGGGAAAUCAUGUCCCUCCUGGUUCAAAUUAUGGUAACAAAAACCAUCAGCCUUUAAGCUCGAAGAUUAAUGGCAACUUGGCUAAUACUUAUGAAGCACUCCCAAGUUUUAGAGAUGUCCCCAGCGCCGAAAAGCCAAAUUUGUUCAUCAAGAAAUUGAAUCUGUGUUGUGUUGUAUUUGACUUCACAGACCCGAGCAAGAACUUGAAAGAGAAGGAAAUAAAGCGGCAGACAUUGCUAGAGCUUGUUGAUUAUGUAUGCUCAGCCAGUGGGAAGUUUUCUGAGUCUAUGAUGCAAGAAAUCAUCAAAAUGGUGUCUACAAACUUGUUUCGGACCCUUAAUUCUGCCCCUCGUGAAAAUAAAGUUUUGGAGGCGUUUGAUGUGGAAGAAGAUGAGCCUCUAAUGGAUCCUUCAUGGCCUCACUUGCAAAUUGUUUAUGAGGUAUUUCUGAAAUUUAUUACAUCUCCAGAGACUGAUGCCAAGUUGGCAAAGAGAUAUAUAGACCAUGCUUUUGUUCUUCGACUAUUAGAUCUCUUUGACUCUGAAGAUCCUAGAGAGAGGGAGUAUUUGAAGACAAUACUUCAUCGUAUUUACGGUAAAUUUAUGGUGCACCGUCCUUUCAUCAGGAAAGCUAUUAACAAUAUUUUCUACCGGUUCAUCUUUGAGACAGAAAAGCAUAAUGGAAUUGCUGAGCUCUUGGAGAUUUUGGGGAGUAUUAUUAAUGGGUUUGCACUACCACUUAAAGAGGAGCAUAAACUUUUUCUUGUCCGGGCAUUGAUUCCACUCCAUAAGCCUAAGUGCAUACCAAUGUACCAUCAACAGUUAUCAUAUUGUAUUACUCAGUUUGUUGAGAAAGACUGCAAGCUUGCCGAUACUGUUAUAAGGGGAUUACUGAAGUAUUGGCCUAUCACUAAUAGCUCGAAGGAAGUGAUGUUCUUGGGAGAGUUGGAGGAGGUGUUGGAGGCAACUCAGCCUGCUGAGUUUCAGCGAUGUAUGGUUCCUCUUUUCCGCCAAAUUGCCCGCUGCUUGAAUAGCUCCCACUUUCAGGUAGCAGAGAGAGCAAUGUUCUUAUGGAACAAUGACCAGAUUGAGAAUCUGAUCAAACAAAACCACAAGGUGAUUCUACCCAUCAUAUUCCCCGCACUGGAGAGAAACACAAGGGGUCACUGGAAUCAAGCUGUUCAGAGCCUCACUCUAAACAUCCGCAAGAUUUUCACCGACUAUGACCCUGCACUUUUCGAGGAGUGUAUGAAAAGGUUCAAUGAAGAUGAAGCUAAAGAAAAGGAGACCAAAUCAAAACGUGAAGCUCUAUGGAAUCGUCUGGAAGAAAUCGCUGCUUCAAGAACCACAAGCUGUGAGGCUGUGCUCGUUCCCCGUGUCAAACCUCAUCGAGUUUCUUCUGGAUGAAAAGAUACAUUUUAUAGAGCUCGAUGUUUUGUUUCUCGUGGAUUCUAGAAUACUGUACAGUUUAAGCUGUAUAUAUGGUAAAUUGGAAGCAGCUGGGAGUUUGAAAGCUUGAUUUUAUGCAGCAGAAGAAUAGAAGAAAAGAAUCCCCACCAGUUCCGAGAGUUUUUGGUGACAUGAACUCAAGUGUUCUGUAUUACUCAAUUCUCUUUUCUUGAAUUAGGUUAGAAUUUGUUAGAAUAUUUAAUGAUGUACUAUCCAUUUGUCGAUCUUUUUUUCAUUUUUAGGUAAGCUUUUGUUUAAUGAGUGAAUAAUGGUGCACUUCUGGAUAUUGAGUUAGCUUGUGUCUACCAUGAAUGCAUGUGUUUUCUGGGACCUGAAAUUGUUCAGAACUGCCUUGCGCUAUGUAUGGAUCAAGGGCCUAUUUGUUUC